AUGGCGUUGCGUCCGCAUCCAUUGCGGGCGGCCCCUGUCGGUGCGGGCCUGUCGGGAUCACUGCUCAUGCCGGAGCUGCUGCCGGCUGUUGGGGCACGGUCCGAGGCCGCCGACGUUGAGCGCGCCGUCACUGGCCUGGACAGCUUCAUCACCAAGUGCCUCGUAAAGCGUGAGAAGGCCGCCAGAGCAGCACCGCCAUCCUCAAUGGCGCUCGGGCUGGGGCCCAGCCGCGACGCGCUGCUCCCGCCCUGUUCAGGGGCCCUCGGGCACGGAAACGCGCAAAGCCUUGGAUCAGCAACGUACUGUGGCAAAUGGGGCGGUGCUGAGGACAGCAGCAGCUUUAGUGAUGAUGAUGACGAGGAGGACGAUGACGACACGGCGGUGCAGCGGGCAGCCAAGCGACCCCGCGGCUCGAGACCACGCAACAAGGCCCAGACAAGUGCCGAGAGGCGCGAGCGCAACAGGCUGGCAGCGCGCAAGAGCCGCAACAAGCGGGCGCAGAAGCAGGCCGAGGUGGUGCAGACGCUGGAGCAGGUCACGACGCGGCUGGACGAGACAGCCCGCCGCCUGGCUGCCGCCGAGGAGGCCGCUGUGCGGGAUGCAGCCGCACGCGCACGGCUGCAAGGGGCGGUGGCUGCGUGGCUGCAGAUCCCCUGGCGGCAGCCUGCUCCGGUGGCAGCUCACGGGACGCAGCGCUCGUGA